AGGUUACAGAAAGUAUUUUAACUCACCAUGGACGAAUAUGGCACAGUAUUCAAUGAUCCUGUUCAUGGCUAUAUUGAGUUAGAACCACUGUUGAUGCGCAUCAUUCACACUCCAGAAUUUCAACGAAUGAAAGACAUCAAGCAGCUUGGAGCUACAUACUGGGUGUACCCGGGUGCUUCGCACAAUCGAUUUGAACACUCCCUCGGCACUGCUUACCUAGCUGGCAAGAUGAUUGAAACGUUAAGGCAAAUUCACAAAGCUGAAAUAGAAAUUACUGACGAGGAAGUAUUGUGUGUCAAAAUUGCUGCACUCUGUCAUGUAUGUAUUGGGCAUUAUUUUUUAUUUAUGAUUCUGACCUGGCAAAGUGUGUCAAUUAGUGGGGCAGCACAGCUAGGCCUUGGCCAAAGCUAGGUGGUUUAGUGGGGGUGUUUUAAUUAAGUUGUUAUUAAUAUUGGGUUGUUAUUAAUAUUGUAUUUAUAAUCUUAUAUUUUUAUCUGGCCAUAUACUAUAUUGUGUGAAGGUAAGAACCUGGGUACGAGAUUGAUACUGUAUUAAGCUGAAAUUAUUGUAAGAUUUUAAUGAAUUUUGGUCCUUAGAUAUUCAUCAAGCUAUGGAUCCCAAAUGCAGGGCACAUUUAUUAAUUUAAGUUUUGUCCUAAGAUCUUCUGUUAUAAAGUAUGCUCGACAGUCCACACAAACCAAAACAAACAACAUACUGUACAAAUAGUGGCAAACUUGUACAGUACAUCAGUUACAUGGCCUACUUCUUUGAGAAGUGUUUAUGACCCUGCCAAUUGGGAAAUUCCUAGCUCAUUUUUGGGGUGCACUGGAUAGAGCUUUUUGCUAUCCGACCGGAUCCCGAAUAUGCCUGCUGAUAGUUGAAAAAUAUCCGUCAACUGAAUUAUCUGGCCGGAUAUUGGAUAUUGUUGAUAAUUUAUAAGGUUUGGGCUUUCAUUUUAGGUAAAUUAAUGAUUUUAAAUGGUUAUAAAGUGAGGCUUAAGACUUUAUAACAUUUUGACUUGAAAUAAUAGGAAAGAACUUCACAGUCUAACAUUGAUAAACUUGCAUAGUUGCAAAAGGCCUUGCCAGCAAAUAAAAUCCACUUUUUCGCAUUUUCAAAUGAGCAUGACAAUAACUGCCAGCUUCUCGAUGAUCACCUGAAAACAAGGCCUGAACCUAAUAUAUAAACAAUAUCCAGUAUCUGGCCGCGGAUACCGGUUAUUGAAAUUAUUAACUAUCUGGCCCGGAUAUCUGUAGACUGCGAGCAGUCCCUCCUUUCCGCUAGCCUACGUGGCAGGCCCUCAAUUUUAUGGGGGGCCUGAUUUGCAGCAGGCAGGAUUUUGGCGGGCACAGGCCUCAAUUCUCCCGUGCCCGCCAAAAUCCUACCCGCUGCAAAUCAGGCCCCCCAUAAAAUCGAGGGCUUGCCACGCAGGCUACCUUUCCGCGGGUUUAGAUUUCCGGGAAUGCGAAAGGACACAUCAAGAAACGGAAUACGCGCCUGUCAAUCAAAUCUGAUACGUAGUAAUUGUGCUAUCAAUAAUCUCCAGACUGAAUGUUGAUUUUAUAAAUAAACAUGACAUUAACGGUUCCUAUUGGAUAGAUUUAAUUAGCCUUUCUCACGAUGACGAAUAUCCGCCAUUUUUGGGUGGCAUACAAUUCUCGUUAACCAAUGCAGACAACUAAAACAAUGUGAAAAGCAAUUUUUCAAAAUAAACUAACCAAGGCAUUUACAAAGCAAGUUUACCAUCAUUUGUCAAAAAAAAUUAUAAAAAGUCGCUGUUAUGUGGACUUAUCUCGCAGUCUUCGGCUGAAAUGCCACCCAAAAAUGGCGGCGUGAGAAAGGCUAAUUGGAUAUAAGUAAUGUUUAUGUGAAGGCGCAGCCAACUUGACAAGAACGAAAGGUGGGCGUAUUUUGUUUCUUGAUGUGUUGUCGGCGGUCACUCCUUUCUCCCGAGGGACAGCUCGCAGUUCAGGACUGAUAUCUGGCACCGAUCCAGAAAUACUUCUUAACCUCUGGAUCGGUAGAUAUCUGGUCAUCAUGAUAAAAUCUGGUGCAUUGAUGCCAAUGAAUUGGGAAGUAAUCAGCUACUGGACUCUAUAUAUGAAGGCUAAGCUAACAUUUUGCUUAACAUCUACAUGUACUGUAGGGCAACAUUGUUUUUCAAAAAUUUGGGACAACUCUUUGGAUCCCACCCUCCUGCUUGAUUCAUUCCAGCCAGCUGGGUUGGAUACAUACAUUUAAUCAACAAGAUAAACUACUGUACAUUAUGAAUUCUAUUCUAAAUACCGUCAUAAAUUGUUAUUAUAUAAUGGUAAUUUCAAUAAUCCUUAUUAUGCCUAAACUGGUUUAAAUCAAAUUAAAGUAAGAAAAUUGACAUGUCGAUUUGUAAUGUUAUGAAUACUUUAAGAUUUUAAAAUUGUAGAUUUAUAGUGAAAUUACUACAUGUACCGACAUACAUACAAAACAUCGUACGGGUUGCGCAUGCCUCCAUGCAUGCACUCAUGUAAUAUUAAUAUUUUACCCAAAUGAAGCUCAAUUUUGUAUACGAUGUUAAUGUUUGAGGUCAAGGUUCGUACACCUUCUCCCAUUUAAAGUUCCAUGACCGCUUUUUUCAAAAUCCUGGAACUGGAACGAUAACAGAUAUAAUAAAAGAACAAAAUUCACUUCGCUCUUGCAAAAAUUCAUUAUAUAACAACAAUUCAUAUUAUUGUUAUGACUGGUAAAUUGAAAUAAGUAAAAUACUUUGUUAAUGUUUUGUAAAAUUUUAAUUUUCCAUGAUUUUCCAUGACUAAAAUUUGAUUUUCCAGGAUUUCCAGGCCUGGAUUUUGGAAUAUUGAAAUUCCAUGACUUUCCAGGACCCGUACGAACCCUGUGAGAGGCUUUUUGCUUUGACACCAUAUUUACAGGCAUUACAGCUGCAAUAUAACCACAACUGAAAUUCACGUUUGUUUGCCAUUAAGAAACGUAUCAAAAAUUGAAAAUUUUGAAAUACAUUGACACCCAUGUGGGAUUACAGUAUCUCGUUAGUUUCGUGCGCGUGUUACAUAACAUCUCCUAACAAAAUCUCCACUUUAAACAAAUUUCCUGCAAUUUUAUAGGAUUUGGGUCAUGGUCCAUUCUCCCAUGUAUUCGAUACGCAACUCAAGGAGAAAUUGAUCAAGUUACACCGAAGUGAAGAAACAAAAUUGCUGAACCAAGCCAGAGAUGGUAAUAUGGAGAAGUCUUUGAAGUUCCACCGAGAACAAGCAAUGAAAUUGCAAACUUGGGAACAUGAAGAUGCUUCGUGCGAAAUGUUUGAUCACAUGUUGAAAGCGAAUCCUGAACUUUAUGAUGCAUUGGAGGGGAAAAACUUCGGUGAAAAUGAGCGAAAUCUGGUGAAAGAGCUUAUCAAAGGUAAACUUCCUGGAAAAGACAAGGUCACGCAAAUGGCGACGGUCGAUGGAGUUGAGUAUACGAAGUGGUUUCUCUUCGAAAUAGUUGCUAACAAGAGGAACGGGAUCGAUUGUGAUAAGUUUGAUUAUUUUGCUCGUGAUUGUCUUAACCUUGGAGUAAAGAGCAAUUUUGACCACCUUCGCUACUUUCAGAAUGUUCGUAUUUUGCCCGUUGAUGGUGAGCUGCAGUUGGGUUUAAGAGAUAAGCUUGUGUUUAAUAUCUACGAGUUGUUCCAUACAAGAUGGUCCUUACAUCAUCGCGUUUAUCAACAUAAAACCAUCAAGGCUAUCGAAGAUAUGAUUACAGAUGCUUUUACAUUGCUAGAUCACAAGUAUAACUUCUCAACGGCUAUCUUCGAUAUGGAGGAGUAUGCCAAGCUAACAGAUAGCAUAUUUUAUGAAAUUAUUCGCAGCAAAGAUCAAGAUGAAAAUACCAAGAAAGCGCAAGAAAUUGUUCGAAGAAUCCAACGACGAGAGUUGUAUAAAUUUUGUGGUGAAACUCAGCCUACCACGAAAUUGGAUAUUGGUGCGUUAGAAGUUGCAGAGGAGAUCGCGUCAUUUGACAGCGACCUCAGUCCAGAUGAAUUAUUUAUCAGCAUCAUUGAAAUCCAUUUUGGAAUGAAAGAGAAAGAUCCCGUAGAAUCUGUGGUGUUUUACAACAAAAAUUUCAACAAAGCUGUUCAGCUUCGUAAAAAUAUCGUAAGCGAGAUGUUGCCGCAGAAAUUUUCCGAGCAGUACGUUCGAGUGUACGGAAAGAAUCUCAAGCAGUCCAGCAUUGCAGCAACACCCGGGAGCAAAGCAAAAGAGGAAAGAAUUGUGCAUUGUUUUCAAGAGUGGUGUAAGAGUCGUGGGUAUGCUUCCCCAGAUGAGUUGUCUGGUGACAAGACAGGGUAUUUUACUCCCGCAAAGGACAGAAAACGUCGUGGUAGCGACCGUAAGGAAUCCAGUAAUCCAUCAAAGAAGAGACUUUAUACUGACAUGAAAUAGAUGUCUACUUGAUACAAGAUUAAUUUUAACUUUUUUAGUACAUCGUGCACUAUUAUACCAUAGUUAAUAGAAUAGAUGGUUUGGAAACUCAUUAGAAUAACAAUAUAACUCAUUAUCUACGUUAGUCAACGUUUAUUCAUAAAUCUAUGGUCGUUCACCGUCACGGGCGUAUUGUAUUUUUGCCCAACUAACCAAUAGCUAUGUCUUAGGAAAGUUUCCUAUCCGUGACACGAACAAUAGGGGAAAUUGAAAAUUGCUAUUGGUGGAUUUGGCAAGAACACAAUACGCACGUGACGGUGAACGACCAUGUUUAUAUGAAUAAACGUUGGCUAACAUAGAAAAUGAGUUAUGUUGUUAUUCUAAUGAGUUUCCAGACCAUCUAUUCUAUUAACUAUGUUUAUACAUAGCUCAGAACAGUGGUUUAAUCGCUUUACACGCUGCGAUUUGUCUAGUACGAUUCGUAUUUUGGCGUAUGAAAAUUAAUAUUGCUGACCGCACAAUUAAGUAUUUUCGUUUCGUUUACAGCGAAAUAUUAAAUGCAACUACAAAACGCAUGCGUAUUCGAUCACAUACGCCAAAAUACGAAUCGUACACGACCAAUCGCAGUGUAUAACCGUACCUUAACUCAAAUUUCAAGAGAUAAUUUUUAGCGUCUCAGUAGACUAACAGAAAGUGCGCAAAUCAUUUAUUUAUACAGAAUGGUUUUUUUUAUUGGCAUCAUUGCCAGUAAAUCUUACCAAUCUCUUAAAUGUAAUGACUUAUAAGCAUUCAUGAAAAAAUUGUUCGUGAAUAUGGUCUUGCCUUCUUGCAAAAUGUAAACAAAGCAAGAAUAUACAAUAUAGUAAUAUUAUUAUUCUGGCUUGUGGGCCAC